AGCGCCGGGAGCCGCCGCCCGGCGGGGCGUGAAGAACACAAGCAGAGCCCUCGGGGCGCCGGGAGUGAGCAGCCGAGCUGCCGAGCUGGGCGGACUCUCCAUGGAGGAGGAGGGCACGAAGGAUGGGGGCGAGAAGCCUCAGAGUACACGGACUGCGGACAAGGCUGGUUGGAUCAAGAAGAGCAGCGGAGGCCUCCUGGGGCUCUGGAAAGACCGCUACCUGCUUCUCUGCCAGGCCCAGCUGCUGGUCUAUGAGAAUGAGGACGAGCAGAAGUGUGUGGAGACGGUGGAGCUGGGCAGCUAUGAGAAAUGCCAGGACCUCCGUGCCCUUCUCAAGCGGAAGCACCGCUUCAUCCUGCUACGAUCGCCAGGGAACAAGGUCAGCGACAUCAAAUUCCAGGCCCCCAGUGGGGAGGAGAAGGAAUCCUGGAUCAAAGCCCUCAAUGAAGGGAUCAACCGGGGCAAGAACAAGGCUUUUGAUGAGGUGAAAGUAGACAAGAGCUGUGCCCUGGAACAUGUGACGCGUGACCGGGUGCGAGGAGGCCAGAGGCGCCGGCCACCAACCAGAGUCCACCUAAAGGAGGUCGCCAGUGCAGCUUCUGAUGGGCUUUUGCGCCUGGACCUCGAUGUUCCGGACAGCAGGCCUACGGGAUUUGCCCCAAGCAAUGAUGUCAGCACGACCCAGCCCCGGGAGAAACCCCGGCCCCCCAUGCCUCCCACCAAGCCUUCCUCAGCACCCGAGACCAGCAGCCUCGAGGAUGCGGUGGAGAUUUCUGCCUCAGAGAGAGCCCCCACCCCCAAUUUAGCCAGCACCGAGUUCAAGCCUGAGAGCCAGCAGGACCCAGAGACCCCAAAAUCUGAAGAUGAAGGCCCUAAGCAGCUGCUCAGCAGCGUCUUGCCUGACAAACUGACUGUGAGCUGGGAGAACCCUAGCCCCGAGCAGCCCUCCACCCCAGAGAGUGCACAGACAGCCCAGGGGCCCUGCUCUGAAACCUCUGAGGCCCUUCCCAAGGAGCGUGGGGAACCCCCAGCACCCCCACCCAAGAAUCUUUCGGAGAAACUGAAAGCCUGCAUGAGUAGGUCCCCAGCUUCUGGGCCAGUUCACAGUCCUGGGACUCCUGCCUUGGGCCCAGAGAAGAUCUCUGUGAAUGGUGUGGAUGAUGGUCCUGAACCUACCAGCCCCUCCCAGGCCCUGAGCACCACCGGAACUCUCCAAAAGGGUACAGCAGCAUCCACGGCACCGCACCCCUGGGACCUACCACCUCAGUCCCAUCUGCGCUGCUCAUCUCUCGGCGACCUGCUCGGGGAUGGCCCACAGCGUCCAAGGCAACCUGGGGAGCGGCUGUACCGGGCCCAGCUGGAGGUGAAGGUGGCCUCAGAAGAGACAGAGAAACUGCUGAACAAAAUGCUGAGCAGCGAGCCGACGCCCCCGAGUGCCGAGGCCUUGCUCAGCCAGGCUGUGGAGCAGCUGAGGCAGGCCACCCAGGUCCUGCAAGAGAUGCGAGAUUUGGGGGCACUGGGCCAAGAGGCCCCAGCAGCAGGACUGAAAGAGAAACGGAAGGAGCUGGUGACCCUCUACAGGAGAAGUGCACCUUAGGGCCUGCCAACUGCCCUGUUCCAUCCAUUUGGGCCCAGCCCUGCUGGGAAUGGGCUUUUGCUUAGGCUGCCAAGGGGCCCUCAGGCCAGGUGGAAGAGACUCCUCAUGUUCUUACUGUCCUGGCCGCUGGUGCCAGGCACCACCUGAGGUGGGGGCCUCAUUCUGGCCAUCCAACCUUUGAGCUCUGUGUGGCUGCCCUGUCCUAGGCCUUGGGCACAGUGUUAGGGGUUCCUGGGUGUCGUGUCAUCUCCUUGCCUCGGCCCCAGUAGUUGAUGUUCCUUGAAACUGGCCCUGUUCUGAGAAGCCACGGCGGCCUUGGGCUUUGUUGGUUCAUCCCUCUCUGAGCCUGUGGUCUUCUCUGCAAAGCAAGGGUUUUCCCUGCAGUCUCUCACACCCGGAAACAUCCCUUAGUCUCAUUUGUGCCUUGGGCCCAGCUUGUAGCAGCCUUGCACAUUCCUGCAAAUGAGCCCUAGCGUGGCCCAACCUCAGUAAAACCGGUAGGUGGCCACGAGGAGUCUGCCCUCAGGUGGAUUUGUUUGAGUCCCCAAAGCACCUCCUCAGCCUGAACAGGUCCAGGAUCCUGGUAGUUUCUUCACAUAAUGAUAUAAGCACAUUGGAGCAGGAAACCACAUCCCGUUCACCCUUCCCGCACCACGUGGGCUACUCCUUGGCAGAAGAGGUAUUUUCUCCUUUCCUUCCUGGUCCUUCUGGAUACCUGCUCCUCCCCCAGCUCCUCCCUGCUCCGUAUUAUCCCCCCUCUACCUGUGCUGCAGGACCAUGUCCCAUCUUCAUUCUGCUGUCACGGCCGGUCCGAGGGCAGAGCUUGUAGGUGCAGAGGUCCUGUAGGUCUGAGGGGCUGUGCCUGGUUCCCCAGGCCUUGCCAUUCUGCUCGGGAUGUGGAGGCAGGGUGGAGGAGUGAGCGGGAGCAGCUUCCGACAGGAGAUUCCUGCUUGUGCACUUUUGUUUACGGAAAGGGAAGGGAGGGUCGCAGCAACCAUGCCCUGGUCUUUCUGCCCACUGCCGCCUGCCUGCCCUCCCCUGGCUACCAUUUGUGCCCACUGGGGCCCACCCAUGCAGGCCUGCGCCUUUGUUGCUGAUCUGUCACUUUGUUCUUGGGGGUAUUGGGCAGCAAUCAAGAGGUACAGACAAUCCACCCUGUGGCCCUCCUUGGCAGGGUCGAAGCAAGCCGUCCUUGGACCAAGUGGUUUCCAUUCCACUGUCUGCGCCCUUCUCUACUGUCUCUAGCACUGAUCAAGUGCCCACAGUCACGUGAUUGCCUUGUCCCCAUGGGGAGCAGCCAGGCUGGAUGAAGCUUUAGCCAGGCCACCUGCUUCCAGGACGUGGAGGCCGCGUUUCCUCCUGUGUCAGGUGACUAGUGGGCGACACUGCCUGGUUCCUAUGAACUGGGCAGCCUGGGCCCUGGGGCGGGGGAGGAGGAGCAGGAAUCUAUAGGGGAGCUGUCCAGGGAGGAGGGCGGUACCCAGUGUCUUCUGCCUCAAACCUGUCUUGAAGUUUGGCAAUAAAUCUCUUUUUAUGGAA